AAACCAAAAAAAAAAAAAAGAUUGAUGCUGUCAAAUUCUGUCAAAUCACAAAUGCCAAACUGGAAUAGUGAAUUGUAAAUUUUGCCAGUAAUUGUUUAAAUCGGAUAUAAAUAAUACAAUUUUGAAUCAAAAUGCCUGCCGGACCUUCCGCGGUGGAUACGCCGAGAGAAAAGGCGUUCCAAGAUUACAGAAAGAAGUUGAUGGAACACAAAGAAGUCGAGUCGCGGCUCAAAGCAAUGCGAGACCAGCUAAAAGACCUAACAAAACAGUAUGACAAAAGUGAAAAUGACCUGAAAGCCUUGCAGAGUGUCGGUCAGAUUGUUGGCGAGGUGCUCAAACAGCUUACUGAGGAGAAAUUCAUAGUGAAAGCAACCAAUGGUCCCCGCUAUGUGGUGGGCUGCCGUCGCCAGCUGGACAAGAACAAGUUGAAGGGAGGCACCAGGGUCGCACUGGACAUGACCACACUUACCAUCAUGCGUCACUUGCCUAGAGAGGUGGAUCCUCUAGUAUACAACAUGAGCCACGAAGACCCUGGAGAUGUCACAUAUGCUGCCAUUGGUGGUCUGCAGGAGCAAAUCAGACAGCUGAGAGAGGUUAUUGAGCUGCCUCUUCUGAAUCCGGAACUGUUUGUACGCGUCGGUAUCACUCCACCAAAGGGUUGCCUGCUGUAUGGCCCACCUGGUACGGGAAAAACUCUGCUGGCCAGAGCUGUCGCUUCACAACUGGAUGCCAACUUCUUGAAGGUGGUAUCAUCAGCCAUAGUUGACAAAUACAUAGGCGAGUCGGCGCGUCUGAUCCGUGAGAUGUUCAACUACGCGCGCGACCACCAGCCCUGCAUCAUAUUCAUGGACGAGAUUGAUGCCAUAGGAGGCAGACGUUUCUCAGAAGGUACCAGCGCUGACCGUGAGAUUCAGCGCACGCUCAUGGAGCUACUGAACCAGAUGGACGGCUUCGACUCCUUGGGCCAGGUGAAAAUCAUCAUGGCGACCAACCGACCUGACACGCUCGACCCUGCGCUGCUCAGACCCGGACGUUUGGACAGGAAGAUUGAGAUCCCGCUGCCUAAUGAGCAGGCUAGACUGGAGAUCCUGAAGAUCCACGCGGCACCUAUCGCCAAGCACGGCGAGAUGGACUACGAGGCCGUGGUGAAACUGUCCGACACGUUCAACGGCGCCGACCUCAGGAACGUUUGCACUGAAGCCGGCUUGUUCGCGAUCAGGGCGGAGAGAGAGUAUAUUAUACAGGAGGAUCUGAUGAAGGCGGUCCGUAAGGUGGCCGACAACAAGAAACUCGAGAGCAAGUUGGACUACAAGCCCGUUUAAUGCAUUGUUAUAAUAAUAAUAGUCUGUCUUUAUUAAACCAUUUAUUAACAAUA